GUAGAAAUGCCGCUAAUCGUUAUUACCGGUCUACCUGGUAGUGGGAAAACCAGCCGCGCCAAAGAAUUAGAAAAGUACAUGACCGAGAACGGAAAAGGGCCCGUCCAUGUAGUGUCCGAGAUGGAAUGUAUCGCGCGAUCCGGGUAUGGUGUGAGAGAAAGUUUCACUGACCCCGCGAAGGAGAAACAAAUUCGUGCCAGUCUCAAGUCGGAAGCGAUGAAACUGCUCACCAAGUCGUCCCUCGUUAUCCUCGACGGGACGAACUACAUCAAAGGCUAUCGGUAUGAAAUAUUCUGCAUGAGCAAAAACGCCCGCACGACGCAAUGCACCGUCCACUGUGCGAUGACGGUUGAACAGCGCGAGGCACGCAGAGAGAAUGUUGUCCGCAAUUCCGCGUCCAGUACGGAUGCACUGGAUGAAGCCACGUUUGAUGCGCUUUGUCUGCGGUACGAAGAACCGAUGGACAAUAGUCGAUGGGAUCGUCCUCUUUUCACGGUGUACGAAGGCGAGGAGAUGGAUCUUUCGCGUAUCAAUAGCGCGUUGUACGAGCAGGCUGCUUUGCCGCCCAACUUGGCCACGCAGAAUAUGCCCCUGAGUGCUACAAAUUUUCUAUUCGAACUGGACAAAACCACACAAACCAUCGUGGAUCAGAUUGCGUCCGCACGAAAAAUUGGCAUUGAUGGGCCGGUGGAAAUUCCCCAAGCUGGCAUGCGUGCGGACAUCCCACCGAACAUGAGCGUAGCGCAGCUCAAUCGACACCGGCGGCAGUUUUUAAAUUACGUUAAAAUGCACACCAACGUUGGCACGGAUAUUAGCAAAAUACCGGCUAUCUUUGUACAGUUUCUCAAUACGAAUACAAACGGUGCUUAA